AUGGACGCCGACGACGAUAGCCGUGCCACCCCGCCACUGGACGCCGCGGCCGCCGCCUUCAAGUCCCAAGUCAUGGAGCUGCAGGACCUCGUCCUCGCCCGCAGCAUGUUCCCGGCCACGGCGCUGCCCGAACUCGCCAACGUGGACGCAUUGGUGACUGCGAUGGAGUCGCAAGUGGAAACCAUCCGCCGCCGCCUUCAGGAGGAGCUUGACGCCAUCCCCAAGGCCAAGAAGCUAAUCCAGCGGUCCUUGAAGGAGGAAGAGAAGCUGCAGCACAUGUUUGCGAACUUAGCUUCUGGAAUGCACAAGGAUGCUUUUGCUACUCAGCUUGAACAGAGCUCAUCAAGGAUGCUGCCUCGUUUUGACUCUUCUUUUACUGAAGCUAAUGAAUGUGAUGUGAAGAUUAAGGAUGAGCCAGUUGCAGCUCCUAGGGUACAUGAGGGAAGACUGACUUUGGAAAAGGUUAAUAUCGCAAUAAAUGAAGUGGCUUCAUAUGCAGAGGCCAAUGCUCAUCUUGUUACAUGCCCUAAGAAAAGUUGUCAGAAGAUACAUGGGAUAAAGCUUUGGUAA